AUGGUAAGGUACGUAACCAGUGACGCCAAGAAGAUGGAGCAAAAAGAUCCUCACGGAAAUGGAGAUGCAAGUUUUUCGUCUUCACAGCCAGACAAUGGAUUUAGUGAUUCACUUACACUUUUCCAUUCCGAGAAGGCAGUGCAGGAACUUCUUCAACAGACUCCAAUUCAGCAAACUGAUGACCAUCUUAUAGAAUUCUCAGAGGCUCUUAGAACUGUUGCAAAGGCAUUAAGACGAGCUGCUGAAGGAAAGGCUUCUGCUCAAGCUGAGGCUGCUGAAUGGAAACGUAGAUUUGAAUUGGAAAGGGCACGGAAUCAGCAGCUAGAGCACAAAGAGAAGAAAAGGGGAAAAGGGAAACCUAUAAAGAAAAGGAUAAUAUUGAAGAAGAAUGAUAGGAAACCUCCAGAGAUGACAAGAACUAGAAACCAUGAAAUGAAUAAGAAAAGUAGAAGUGUAGAAACUCAAUUGAAGCAGACAACAGAAUCACUGACUUGGCCUAUAUUGGCAAUUGCACUAUCAGGCAACAAUAUAUGUGAAGUGCUUCAAAGUUGGUGGACUCAGACUUCUCUAUAUAAUGCGAGGGGAAUGAUAAGAUUAAUGCUCCCUUGUCUUGUUUGCUGGGAAGUUUGGGAAGAACGAAAUAGGAGAGUUUCUGAAGGAAAGUCAACAGGGGAAUGCAAUGGUGAUAUUGAUGCUCAGCGGAUGGAAAGCUCAGCUAAUCAACCCAUGCUGAGAAAUGAAGCAAAUGAACAAUCUGAAAAUUGCUGUACAAAUGGGCUUUGCUCUCAAGAAAUUCUUCAUGAUGGAGAGACUGGCUCUCAUGCCAAACCAGUUCAAAACAGAAUUAUGAGAAAGGCAUCUUUCAAGCUUUCAUGGUGGUGCAAAGGUGAUAAUAGUGAUCAACACAAACAUGAUGUUGUCUCUUUUGAAAGAGGAAAUAUAACAGCUGCAGGGCGCAGCAGUAAACAGAUUUCUUUGAAGUGGGAAUCUAACCCGCAGACUGUGCUAAUUAUGACCAAACCAAAUUCAACCUCUGUUCGAAUUCUAUGUGCACAAAUGGUCAGAUGGUUGAAAGAGCAUAAAAAGUUAAACAUUUAUGUGGAACCACGUGUGAGGGGUGAACUUCUGUCAGAAUCAUCUUACUUCAACUUUGUGCAAACAUGGAAUGAUGAAAAGGAAAUUUUGAGCCUGCACACAAAAGUUGACCUUGUCGUGACUCUUGGUGGGGAUGGCACUGUCCUUUGGGCAGCAUCAAUGUUCAAAGGACCAGUUCCUCCAAUUGUGCCAUUUUCUUUAGGGUCUCUUGGCUUUAUGACACCAUUCCAUAGUGAACAUUACCGAGAUUGCCUUGAUUCAGUCCUUAGGGGUCCAGUUAGUAUAACAUUACGACACCGGUUGCUAUGCCAUGUUGUUAGAGAUGCAGCUAAAAAUGAGUAUGAAACUGAGGAGCCUAUACUUGUUUUGAAUGAGGUUACAAUUGACCGUGGAAUAUCAUCAUUCCUUACAAAUUUGGAAUGCUAUUGUGACAACUCUUUUGUCACAUGUGUCCAAGGAGAUGGAUUAAUUUUAUCAACAACAUCAGGUAGCACUGCAUAUUCAUUGGCAGCUGGAGGAUCAAUGGUUCAUCCUCAGGUCCCUGGCAUUCUCUUCACACCAAUUUGUCCUCAUUCCUUGUCGUUUCGACCUCUGAUAUUACCUGAACAUGUAACAAUACGAGUUCAAGUUCCGUUCAACAGCAGAAGCCCUGCUUGGGCCUCAUUUGAUGGCAAGGACAGGAAACAGUUGGCAGCUGGUGAUGCACUUGUGUGCAGCAUGGCACCAUGGCCUGUGCCAACAGCAUGCCAAAUUGAUUCUACAAAUGACUUUUUGCGCAGCAUCCACGAUGGCCUCCACUGGAAUCUCAGAAAGACCCAAUCUUUUGAUGGCCCUCGGGAUUUAUAA